AUGUCCUCAACGACGCAGUCCUGGGCUGCUGCAACACAGUCAUGGGCCUCGUGGUUGCUCGAUUCCUACGCUUCCUCUGUGUCGCCUAUGGCCACCGACACCUCCUUUCGGAACCACGAAGAAUCCCAUUCCACGUCCGAGUACUCCUCCCAUGACGACGGUCAAUCGUCAGCGGGUUCUGUUUCCGUGUCCUCUGCCUAUGGUCCCUAUUUGAAGACUGGCCGCGGUGGUGCGGGCAACUUCAAUUGGCAGUCAGAGGUGCAGCUCGCGCCGCGAUCAACUUCACCUGUUGACCUUGAGGCCAAUCGACCAGCACACCCACAUUCGUCCCUGGCGGAGCGCCGCAAAGCAGCAGCCCGGUUGGAAACCCUCAACACCCAUGAUAUGAGGCCCUUGCGCCAGCACUCGGCCCAGUAUCUCUCCGCCGGGCGCGGCGGAGCCGGGAACUACGUUCUUGCUGACAUGAAAUCUCUUCAGCGAAGCCCUAGUUUACCGGCAAGCUUUUCGUCUCCCGUUGCAGGGAAACCUCCUAGUCCACAAGAUCACCGUCUAUAUCCGGCUGGAAAUGCUGGACGAGGAGGAGCAGGCAACUACGCGGCCGCCGCAGACGCCAAGGGGCGGGUAGAAUCCGAGAAGGAGCAAGAGCAAAGACUCGCCGCCGAACAGAGGAGAGGCCAGAUCGCCGAAGAGGUGGACGGGUUGCUACAGCCUCCUCCGGGCGCAUGGCUUGGUGGCGGACGCAGGAAGAGUGAGUCGAUGUAUGAAGAUGUUUGA